AUGGGCCUAUUUGUUACAGUAUCAGCCAAUUCUACGGGCUAUGUACCUAGUCGAUCUCAAAUUAUUCCACCACUAAAGGGUAGUUUUCCUUUGGAUCAUCGUGGUGUUUGUAAAGCUGCAAUGCUUGAAUGGACAAAAUGCAUGAGUAAAAAUCAUUGGAACAGUUCCCUGUGCAGAUCACAAGCAGCUGGUUAUUUACGCUGUCGAGCAGAGAAUAAUCUAAUGGAUCCAGAAGAAAUCACCCUGCUUGGUUUCACUGAAGAAGAAUGGAACAGUACUGACAGUUCAGGAAAUUGA